AUAACUGUCCCUCAUAGUUUCAUCCGCCCUCUCUCUUAACGAACACAACCAACCACCACCGCAGCUGGCAGCAAGCUUCUCCACAGAAGCUCUUUUUACCCAUCACUCUGGCAGUUGUCACGGUGGUGCACCCUCUUUAUUCUUCCAAAAGGGCCGCCGGAACCACCACUUGUUCAUUCUCCGACCACCACUUUUCACCCACUUCACCACCAUCUCUUCUUUGGAAACUGCCCAUUGAUUACGGCUAAUAUUUCAAUCUUUUUCUUCCCAGAUCAUCAAAACUGAAUCUUUUUAUUGGGUUUUGUAUAAAAAUUGAAUCUUUAAAGGGGUUUCAAGAAACCCAUUGCCCAUUGAUUACAGCUGAUAUUUGAAUCUUGUUUUUGUUCCCAGAUCAUCAAAAUUGAAUCUUUUUUGUGGGUUUUUCAUAAAAAUUGAAUCUUUUUUGUUCCCAGAUUAUCAAAACUGAAUCUUUUUUGUGGGUUUUUCAUAAAAAUUGAAUCUUUUUUGUUCCCAGAUCAUCAAAAUUGAAUCUUUUUUGUGGGUUUUUCAUAAAAAAUGAAUCUUUUUUGUUCCCAGAUCAUCAAAAUUGGAUCUUUUUUGUGGGUUUUUUCAUAAAAAUUGAAUCUUUUUUGUGGGGGUUUUCAUAAAAAUUGAAUCUUUUUUGUUCCCAGAUUAUCAAAAUUGAAUCUUGUUUGUGAGUUUUUGAUAAAAAUUGAAUCUUUUUUGUGGGUUUUUCAUAAAAAUUGAAUCUUUUUUGUUCCCAGAUUAUCAAAACUGAAUCUUGUUUGUGGGUUUUUGAUAAAAGUUGAAUCUUUUAAAGGGGUUUCAAGAAAUCAUGUCUAUUCUUUGCUGCUUUACUCCAUUGGCAGGGAAGAACAAGAAGAUUAAGGAAAAGAAUGAUAAUAAAACUUUGCAAGUGAAUUUACAACACUUGGGAAAACCUAUAGAUAAAGAUGACCAAGAGUCAAACCCAAAGUCAAAGUCAAAGUCAACAUUCAGUCUAGAUGUACCCUUUUCUAUCCCCAAGAGUUCAGCCUGCAAUGUCAAGGUGGUCAACCUUGAAACUCCUGUAAAAUCUCAACAACAAGAAGAGGUGACAUACGAUUACGAAGGUGAAGACGAACACGAAAACGACGCAAAUUCCAAAACUAACCUCCCGGUUCAAGAACAAGAUGAUCAUCAAAACAAUUAUUCAGACAUAGAGAUCAACAAAGAUGGGCAUUUAAGCGAUCCCGGGACUUCAAAGAAGCCGUUUUUACCUUCCCCGAAGCUAAAGCGAUCGUGUUCGAAUAUCGAAACGAAACGGGUCAUGUUAAAACCGAAAAUCGCCCCGAACGAGUCUUUUGAAGAUUUGCAGAAGUUAGCAGGAGAUGGUAGUAUGAGUCCUGUUUCUAUAACGAGUAAUUACAGUGCUGAUAAAGUGAUUCUCCGAAAGUGCUCUUCAAGUCAAAUCUUGCCGUCGAAAAGCCGAAGAUUAUGGUGGAAGUUGUUCUUGUGGAGUCAUAGAAAUUUACACGAACCGAUAAAAGGAGUUCAGAAUAAGCUUCUUAUAAUCAAUCAACAAGGAGGGUACUCUUCUGAUCUAGAACCAAACAGAAGAACUGAAAAGUCAAAGUCAAAGUCAAAGUCAAAACUGGAAAUGGUCAACAAAGAAGAUCAACGAUGGAAUUCGAUUAAUCAGUGGAUGGCUUUUCCAGCUGGAUCACCAUUGACAAGAGUAGAUGAAUGGGUUCAAGAGAUACCAGCAGGACCUGUUUUGACAAUCGGUAACGAAGAAGACGGUGAAAUUACGUUUCCGCCCUCACCGGACAACGGUAAAAAGCCGGCCGAAGAUGUUACCGAUCUUCCUGAAGAGAUUGCAUACGCAAACAGGGUGAUACAAUCUUUAAACUCUUCUUCAAAGGUUGCUUAUAUUUCUGGUAUUGGACUAAAGGUCAUUCCCGUAAUUUCGAGCUUUACCAGUCUUCGUUCGGUCAACUUAUCCGGGAAUUCAAUAGUGAAUAUAGCACCGGGGUCAUUGCCAAAGGGUCUUCAUGUUCUAAAUUUAUCGAGAAACAAGAUUAGUGUUAUUGAAGGCCUUAGAGAGCUUACUCGGUUGAGGAUCCUUGACCUAAGUUACAACCGGAUUUCACGAAUCGGGCAGGGGCUAUCUAACUGUACUCUGAUUAAGGAGCUAUACCUUGCCGGAAACAAAAUUAGCAACGUCGACGGGCUGCACAGGCUGCUAAAAUUAAUAAUACUGGACUUAAGUUUCAACAAAAUUACAACAUCAAAAGCACUUGGUCAACUAGUAGCGAAUUACAACUCUUUGCAAGCUUUAAAUCUGUUGGGUAACCCAAUUCAAACCAAUCUUAAUGAUGAUCAAAUCCGAAAAACGCUUUGCGGGCUUCUUCCAAAACUCGCAUUCUUGAACAAACAACCCGUGAAUCCACAAAAGGCCCGGGAAGUUGCUACGGAAGCCGUUGCUAAAGCUGCACUCGGGAAUGGAGGUUUGAGUUCUCGUAGAAGGUCGGUGAAGAGGAUCGGGAGUGGCGGGUCGGGUUCGGUUAGUCGGCAUCGAGGUGGCGGUGAUGGUCAGAAAGGUAGUGGGCGGCAUGGGGCGAAGCCCCGCGCUCAUCAUCGGUCUACUAAGGGUUUGUAGAUUGAUCAUGGUUUUUCUGUUUAUUUGUGUUGGAUUGUGAAAUGUUGAUAGGUCCAAAUUGUGUUUGAAAAAUAAUAAUAAAAUGAAGCCUUUUGCUCUA